UGGCGAUCAAUGCAGUUUUCAUGCAGACAUAUGUCGGGGGAGUUUCAUGCCCAUACAUAUGCUCGAAGAGGUUGGACCAUGGUGUGUUAUUGGUCGGGUACGGUUCAGCUGGCUAUUCUCCUAUUAGAAUGAAGGAGAAGCCAUAUUGGAUCAUAAAGAACUCUUGGGGAGAAAACUGGGGUGAGAAUGGAUUCUACAAAAUCUGUAGGGGUCGUAAUAUCUGUGGCGUGGACUCUAUGGUCUCCACCGUUGCUGCUGUUACCACCUCACAUUAG